AUGCCUACCUUAGAAGCUCCUGAAGAGAGGCUGAAAAAAUUUAAGUACCGCGGCAAAGAUGUGUCUGCAAGGCGACAAGAGAGGAUUGCUGCCAACCUGCAACUCCGAAAGGCCAAGAAAGAUGAGCAGGCCUUAAAGAGAAGAAAUAUCAGCCAGUCCUCCAAUGACUUGGUUUCUCAAGUAUCAGCCAAAGAGGCCAGCUACACUCUGGAAGACAUAAUCAAAGGUGUGAAUAGCUCAGAUCCAGUCCUGUGUUUCUUGGCCACCCAGGCUGCCAGGAAAUUACUAUCUCAGGAAAGGAACCCUCCUCUAAAAUCGAUUAUUGAGGCAGGGCUCAUUCCCAAGCUGGUCGAGUUCCUGAAGAUGGAACCUCUCCCCAACCUGCAGUUCGAGGCAGCGUGGGCGCUCACCAACAUUGCCUCAGGAACUUCCGAGCAGACCCGAGCUGUUGUGAUGGCGGGGGCCAUCGAGCCCCUGAUUGAACUCUUGUCUUCCCCGCAUCUGUCCGUGUGUGAGCAGGCAGUGUGGGCCCUUGGUAACAUAGCCGGUAAGACACUGCCAGACAUGAAGGUACAUAUCUUUAAUCCCAGCACUUGGGAGGCAGAGACAAGUGAUGGCCCAGAAUUCAGAGACAAUAUAAUUUCCAACAAUGCCAUCCCAAGACUGAUCAAUCUUAUUUCGACAAACAUACCAAUCACAUUUCUUCGGAACAUCACAUGGACUUUGUCUAAUCUGUGCCGAAACAAAAACCCGUACCCCUGCGAGCAGGCUGUGAUGCAGAUGCUGCCCACUCUCUCUCAGCUCUUGCAGCAUCAUGAUAACGAGAUCCUCUCAGACACCUGCUGGGCCCUGUCCUACCUCACCGAGGGCCACAAUGAGCGCAUCCAUCGUGUGGUGGCCAUGGGGGUCCUGCCCAGGCUCGUAGAGCUCAUGACCAGCUCGGAACUCAUUAUCUUGACCCCUUCUCUCCGCACUGUGGGCAACAUUGUCACGGGAACGGAACAGCAGACCCAGAUGGCCAUCGACGCUGGCAUGCUGAAGGUACUGGGCCAGCUUCUGAGACACCCCAAGUCCUCUAUCCAGAAGGAAGCUGCCUGGGCCAUGAGCAAUGUGGCCGCUGGACCAAAACACCACAUCCAGCAGCUGAUCAUGUAUAACCUGCUGCCUCCGUUGGUAGCCCUACUAAAGAACGCAGAAUUCAGAGUGCAGAAAGAAGCCGUGUGGACCGUGGCUAACUUCGCAACAGGGGCCUCCCAGAGCCAGUUGACCAUGCUUUUCCACUCAGGAGUCUUGGGGCCGCUGCUGAACCUGCUCACUGCUCCAGACAUGAAGAUCGUUGCCAUCAUCCUGGACAUUAUUUCUUUCCUCUUCCAGGAGGCCGAUAGGCUGCAUGAGAAGGAAAAGAUGUAUCUCCUGAUGGAAGAGGUCGGUGGCAUUGAAAAAAUUGAGUCCUUACAGCUCCACCAGAAUUGCCACGUUAGUCGGAGCGCACUGAACAUCAUUGAGAAACAUUUUGGUGAGGAAGAAGAUGGUGACAUUUUCCCCAAUCCUGGGCUGAGAGUGUGA